AUGUCUGCGGAAGCUCUCCCUAUCACCCGGUCAGCGUUCGCCGAAGCCAUCACAGAGCUCCCGCUCUCCUCACUCUACGCCAAAGUCUCCGAACUGCGCAACUCCAUCGCCCACCUGACCCUGUCCAACGAGGAAAUCAGAAGAUACAUUAUAGAAUCAGAAGAGGGCCCCGAUUCGCAGGAUAACAAGCUGCUGGAGAGCUAUGUUGUUGAGAACGAGGAGGUCAUGCAAGCCAUGGCCGAGCGGAUUGGGCUGUUGAAGGCUGAGGUGGAAGGGCGGGGUCAGCAGUGGAUGGAUGAGGUUCUGACAGAUGGUGAAAACAACAACGACAAUGCUGCUGAAGAAUCAGCUCAACUAACGAACGGCUAUGUUGAUCAUGAGCACGUCAACGGAAUUGCAACUCCCUCAAACCAGCAAAACGACGGCGACGAUGACGAAGAACAUCCUGAUAAUGAUGAAAAUAACGAAGGCAUUUACCUGUAA